GCACGGUCCAGCCCACACACAAAAAACCUAGGUCACUUCAUGUUUAGGGGCUGCAGCUCAUUCUCUCACAAACUCCUGCUGCCGCCGCGCCUCCAUCGCCAUCUACCGUCGUCCAUCCACCGCGUAGCCAUGGCCUCGGAGAAGAAAUUGUCGAACCCGAUGAGGGAGAUCAAGGUGCAGAAGCUGGUGCUCAACAUCUCCGUCGGAGAGAGUGGAGAUCGUCUCACCAGAGCUGCAAAGGUGCUGGAGCAACUCAGUGGUCAAAGUCCUGUUUUCUCCAAGGCAAGAUACACUGUUCGAUCUUUUGGGAUCAGGCGUAAUGAAAAAAUUGCUUGCUAUGUCACGGUGAGAGGUGACAAGGCAAUGCAACUCCUUGAGAGUGGCCUGAAGGUCAAGGAGUAUGAGCUGUUGAGGAGGAACUUCAGUGAAACUGGCUGCUUCGGUUUUGGUAUUCAGGAGCACAUCGAUCUUGGAAUUAAGUAUGACCCAUCUACUGGUAUUUACGGUAUGGACUUCUACGUUGUCUUGGAACGCCCUGGUUACCGUGUGGGUCGCCGCCGUAGGUGCAAGGCCCGCGUUGGCAUCCAACACAGAGUCACCAAGGACGACGCGAUGAAGUGGUUCCAGGUGAAAUAUGAGGGUGUUAUCCUAAACAAGGCAUCCAACAUUGGAGCUUAGACAGCUGAUCCCUUUUAUGGUUUCGUUUGUUUCAUCCUUUUUGCUCAAAGUUUUGUAGAAUUUUAUCAGCAGACAUGUCUUACUUUUAUGUUUUAUAUUAUGUUGAGAUUAAGUUUU